GAUUGUUGGUGCAACAUGUAUUUGUGUCCUAUCGAUUGAAAGUCAUGGCAGGACCUGAUCUGAUAAACACUCUCCUGUAUACCGUCAAUAAUCUGCUGCAGCAGGAGAAAUAUAAAGCGGCAUUGGCCGUUUUGAAAGGAUUCAGAAACGGCGCCGUAUAUGGGGCCAAAAUCAGAGCACCACAUGCCCUGGUAAUGACAUUUCUAUUCAGAAAUGGCAGUUUGAAGGACAAGCUCAGAGCCAUUUUGAAGGCCACUUACACCCAUUCCCGCAAUCUGGCAUGCUUUGUAUUCACUUACAAAGGACUGCAAGCCGUGCAGGAGAGGAUCCAGGGAAAGACUUUGCAGUCUCACUCCUUUCUUGCUGCCUGUGUUGGAGGAUGGUUAGUGUUUGGAGAUAACAACAACAUCAAUAGUCAGAUCAACAUGUAUUUGCUGUCCAGGAUCCUGUUCGCUCUGUCUCGGCUGGCUGUAGAGAAAGGAAUCAUACCCCAGCCGAAACACGACCCUUUUCCACUGUUCGCUACGCUGGUGUGGGGCAUUGUCUUGUGGCUGUUUGAAUAUUACCCACACACCCUCCAGCCCUCACUGCAGUCUUCAAUGAACUACCUCUACCAUGAUAGCAAUGUGUGGCAUGACAUCUCAGACUUCCUUGUUUAUAAUAAGCCAAGGACUGCUGCUCAGAAAUGAAGCUUUAGUUUUUGUCAGUAUGGACCAGCUACAAUGCAAUAAUUGCAUUAUUUAAAUAAUUAUUAUUAAUUCAAAUGGUAUUGACUGUUGCCUUUUUUAAAUUAAUGUUAUAAUUUGUGCUGUACUGUGUUUGAUUCCUUUACAUAUGUAUUUUCUUGUGUGUCCUGCACAUUUACGCAGCUGUCAAAGCCAACCACUGUUUGUUUGACACAAUUUUCCAGGUAAAGAGAAUCCCCAGCAUAUUUGCAUACCAUUUUCAGUACGAUAUUUCCUGCUGAUAUUUGGGUGAUUUGUCUUAUUUUCAUUUCCAGAGUAUGUCACUAAAUACAACUGCCACAGAAUAAACAACAAAAAGACAUUUAAUGCAAAACAGGCUGAAAUUCUGUUUUCUGUUCUGAACAUGCUGUUAUAUAGAGCCACAAAAAUGUCAAAGCAUCAUUAUCAUCUUUGAUCUUUUUUAAAAAUAUUUGCACAUCCCUAUGGUUCUUCUAUAUAAUACACAAUUAAUAAAUAAAAAAAUGGCAGCUGUCGAGUUUUUUUAGUUCGAACAAGAGUUGUUCUGUUGUAGCACUACUGAGCGUCUUUUGCAGGUUAGAUUGAUGACUACCUGAAAUAUGGAGCAUUCUGUGUUGUAAAAAAGCAUUUUGUGUGUUAUCACUCCUAAAAAUGAUGAUUCCCUCACCCUGCUGGAAUCACGAACAUGCUCUAGAAAUACUAGAUGUGCAAGUUUUUGUUUGUUUAGAAGCCACAGGUGUGCCAUUAAUAUGUUGUUUUAUGUGGGCUGAAUGAAAUCCUGCUUCAGACAAACCUGUCUGCAGUUUUUCUUUUCUUCAAAGGCUUAAUCAUCUCUCUUGCUAUUCGUGAUCUAUCCAAAAUUAAUUGAGCUACAACUUGUUACCUUGUACAAAUGAUUUAGUGUAGUUCUUAGAUCUAGCACUAGUUUUGUGCAGUAUCAGUCUAGAUUAAAAUACAUUAUGCACAAUCAUUUUAAUAUGUUCCAAUGUGUAAACAGUGAUGACGUAACCAUAAUUUGUAAAGUCUGUGCUUGACUCCCCGUCAUGCAAUUUUACUUGAGAAUUUACAUUUUAUUUAAAUUAAUAGUUUCAAUCUUUGUGAUAGCAAGUGAUGGAAAGUAACUAAUAAAACAGCUUUUAAGUA